AUGACGGAUGACAAGGGCGUCUCAGACGCCGAUGCUCCCCUCAAAGAGGAGGAGAAGAGCCAGAAACGUGACAAUGAUACGGUGAAAGGCAACGCAGAUGUGGCGAAGACUGCAGUCGCUGCGGAAGAGAUCAUUAUUUCAUCGCCCUCGCCUUCAGUCUCCUUUUCGUUGCUCGUCUUUUGGGUUCUUCCUGUGCUGUUUCUAGCCAUUGCAAGUCAUCAUGUGAUCGAUACCAAGACACCACCCAAGGCGAUUUUCCCUCCUAACCGUCAGGGCAUGUCUGUGAACUUGAAUACUGCGGGUAUUACCACCGACUCCAAGAGUAGUAGCGCCUCGCGAGAAAAGCCAGGCAAGAUGAUGUUGAAGAAGAAACCCAAACCUCCCUCGCCCACCCCCAGACGUUCUCCCAAACCUUCGCCGCUUCCAACUGCACACACCAAUUGGCCCACAAGCUAUCGCGAAGCAGUGGAGACCAUCCAGGAACGUAAUCGGAAGAUUCCCCGCAUUGGCACCUCCCGUCAGGGUUCGGGCAAUGGCCCUACCAGUUCCAAAAAAGAGACCGGGAAAAGACCAAGCUCCACCCCAACUCGCAGUAAGAAAAAGCCUGACAACGGAAUCAAUCGAGAUCCGAUGAGAAAACAGUAUGAAGACAGAAUCGACAAAUUCCGUGAAGAGUAUCAGAAUGAUCCCGAAAAUGUGUUUAAAGCCAUCAAGCUGGCCGAUUCGUUGCGCUUGUACGAUGUGAGCUAUCAUGACGGAGGUACGAAACAGCCUGAAGCUUUGGAGACGUAUGAGAAAGUGAUUCAAAUGACAGUGGCCAAGAGAGAGAAAAUGAUCGAAGAGGGAAAAGAAACAGACAAAUCACUUGCUGCUACAACUAACGUCAACGAUGAAGUCAUGAUGGAUUACACGCAAAAGAGCGUCGACGGACUCCUCUGUUCGCUCUACACAGCAAAGGGAAAGGUCUUCUUUAUGUCAAAUAUGUUUGAAAGGGCUGUCGAGUCCUACAGCAAGUGCCUCGAAAUCGCACCCCUUUAUUUGGAUGCUUUGAGUUCGCGUGGUUCAUCCGAGAUUAUCUUGGGGAAUUACGAAGCGGCUGGUCAAGAUCUGAUGAGAACCAUCGAAAACGACACGCAGAACUUGUUCAACGACGCUUACACCGGCUUGGCCAGAAUUCUCCAAGCCAAGGAAAACGUUUUGCCGGAGGGCUGGGCACCCAUCAUUCAGAAGCUCGAUGACUUGAUUCCAUCUCUGGAAGGAAUGAUAUCGUCCGUACCAGGAGAAGACGGGAGGAAAGUGGUAGCCAAUACGCUCAAUCGUCUGCAUCAUGUUAUGUUCACCUACCAUGACGUCAAAACGAAAGACACAACGGAGGCGUGGGAACAUCUUACCCGAUCGUACAAACACAAAAUGUCAGCCUUACCCGCCUGGCAAAGCGGCUUCGAAAAGCAAAAGAUCACACAAACGAUGCAAAUCUUUCACAGAGGGUUCUGGCCCAGCGACGUUGGCAGCAAAUCGGAAGUUCCGGUUUUCAUCGUUGGUUUUGUUCGCAGUGGGUCUACGUUGCUGGAGCGCGUCUUGGAUGCGCACCCAAACAUCGUUGGGACUGGAGAAGACUCCGUUUUCAAUGGCAAGCUUGACAGAAUCCGUAACGAAAUCGUGGAAGCGAGUGUUCUAGGUGAUCCAUCCAAGCUGGCCGAGACUGUGGAACGGCAGGCGAACAUGGUUGUCUCUGAGAUGAAGGAAAGAUGGGAGAUGAUUGAGGCUAACACUGCCAAGGCACCUGAAGCAGAAGCGGGCGCGGAAAGCGCCGAACCCAGACGCUUUGUGGACAAGAUGCUGAACAACUACUACAAUAUCGGCUUCAUUCAUAUGUUGUUCCCAAAGGCUCUUAUCUUGCACGUAAUUCGUGAACCGAUGGACACAAUCUUCAGUGCCUACAAGCAUGAAUUCCCUCCUGGAACAUUGGACUACACAUCAGAUUUCUCAAGCCUUGCAGAACUCUAUCACAGCUAUCGCGAUUUGAUGGACCAUUGGGAUAAAGAAUUGCCUGGUCGAGUCACCCAUGUUCGGUACGAAGAUCUUGUUCAUGACAUGCCUGGUAUGGCGAAGUCAAUUAUCCAGGCAACGGGUCUGGAAUGGCACGAUGAUGUGCUGAGCUUCCACAAGAAGAAACACGCCGUCAAUACCCUCUCAACAACGCAGGUACGCAAGGGCAUUUACAAGCACAGUUUGCAAUCUUGGCGCAAGUACGAAGAGCAGCUACAGCCACUUGUGGAUCUGAUUGGCGACCGUGUUGAUCCCAAUCGAGAAACUACUCUUCCAGGAUAUGUGAAGCCGGAGCCUGUUGAAGAGGCAGCGGAGUAA